CGUCUCUGGUCCCGGUCACCGUCUUCGCGCGGUCGCGGUCGCGCGUGGCCGCGGUCUCCUGGUGUGUCGCUGUCGCUGUCCCGGUGUCGCUACCCGCUAGGGCUGCACCAUGUACCACAGCAGCAGCCAGAAGCGGCACUGGACCUUUGCGAGCGAGGAGCAGCUGGCGCGCCUGCGGGCCGACGCCAACCGCAAAUUCAAGUGCAGAGCGGUGGCUAACGGGAAGGUUCUUCCAAAUGACCCAGUGUUUCUUGAGCCUUAUGAAGAAAUGACACUUUGCAAAUACUAUGAGAAAAGAUUAUUGGAAUUCUGUUCAGUAUUUAAACCAGCAAUGCCACGUUCUGUUGUGGGUACAGCUUGUAUGUAUUUCAAGCGUUUUUAUCUUAAUAAUUCAGUAAUGGAAUAUCACCCCCGGAUAAUAAUGCUCACUUGUGCAUUUUUGGCCUGCAAAGUAGAUGAAUUCAAUGUGUCUAGUCCUCAGUUUGUUGGAAAUCUUCGAGAGAGUCCCCUUGGGCAGGAGAAAGCACUGGAACAAAUUUUGGAAUAUGAACUACUACUUAUACAGCAGCUUAAUUUUCACCUUAUCGUGCACAAUCCGUAUCGACCGUUUGAAGGCUUCCUCAUUGAUAUAAAGACUCGAUACCCCAUGUUGGAGAAUCCAGAGAUUCUGAGGAAAACAGCUGAUGAUUUUCUUAGUAGAAUUGCAUUGACAGAUGCUUAUCUUUUAUACACACCUUCACAAAUUGCCCUGACUGCCAUUUUAUCAAGUGCCUCUAGGGCUGGAAUUACUAUGGAAAGCUAUUUAUCAGAGAGUCUGAUGCUGAGAGAAAAUAGAACUUGCCUGUCACAGUUCCUGGAUAUAAUGAAAAGCAUGAGAAACCUAGUAAAAAAGUAUGAGCCACCCAGGUCUGAAGAAGUUGCUGUUCUGAAACAGAAGUUAGAGCGAUGUCAUUCUGCUGACCUUGCGCUUAAUGUGGUUACGAAGAAGAGGAAAGGCUAUGAAGAUGAUGACUAUGUAUCAAAGAAAUUCAAACAAGAAGAGGAGGAAUGGACUGAUGACGACCUGGGAGAUUCCCUCUGACCAUCUGGGGUGACUACGGCAGUCCUAAGCAACAGAAGUAGGAAGCAUGUGUGACAUUGAACUUUCUUUUUAGUACAAUGUGAAAACGUCAAAAUAUAUUAAACUUUUGUUUUUGUUUGUAAUUGCUUUAUAUAAAAUAUAACUUCAAAAGAGGCUGAACACCAUUUAUUUUGGAUAAUCAUAACUAAGAUUACUAGCAAAAUGCCCUCUAUGGUGGUCAAAGUUGUACUGUGGUGCACUUCCUUAUGCUGUUUUGAACAAAAUGUGAUUAAACAAACCUAUCCAUUUAGAAGAAAUUCAGAAAAAUCAAACUUGGUAACAGUAAAUUUUAGAAGUGCUAAGGAAAUAGUUUUCAUUCUCCAGAAGGUCUUACAAAUGGCUUUUCAAAAAGUUUCUUCAAUAGACUGAACUAUUUAUGAAUUACUGUGAGCUAUAGAGUGUAUUGGGCAGUUAUUUAGUGCUUAGGUGCUAAACCUUAUUCUAAGUUAAAUAACUUAAGUUACUGACAUCUGGGUUUAAAUAAAAUAAAAUUUUUGAGUCUAGAUAAAAAUCUUAAGUAACCACAGGUAAGUUAUAGCAUUUUAGUUCUGUCUAAAAUAUGGUGAUUUAUGCUCAUGUUCAUCUCUAAUAAUUACUUGUAUGGCUUGAGUUUCUGCUGUUUUCUUUCUUGUUCUGGAGUAAAACUGAUAAAAUGUAAUGCUUUUUAAUAGACUAAAAACCAAAGCAUAUACACCCAAGUAUAGUUUAAGUUAAGCAACAUGAUAGACUAUAGACAGAACUACAAACGCUCAGUGUGUCUUCUGUUUUUCUUUUAGAACACUAAAGUUUGACACCAAAGCAGGGUUCAUAUGUACCUCUGAAAAUUUUCUACCCAGCCCCAGUUUUAAAAAAAAAGUUUAAUAAAAGGUAUAAUUUCACCGCUAAUCACCUAGCUACUACAGGGCCCAUGAAGGUAAGAAACAAGCUUCCCACUCCAAUUUAAGACAUCAGUAAAACACAAAAAUAAGGAUAAAUCUUUCAGAUUUCUUUAAAAAUAAAUGGUUAAAAAGGAGAAGCAUGUCAGGAACGGCAGAUAGGCCAUCAUGGCUGAACAGUCAAGUACAAUUAGUGAGGAUAAACUAAAAUGCUUUAAACUAGAGUUUGGACCAUGACCUAUCUUUGAAAGUCCUUAUCUACAUUAAACAGUCUGUAGCCCUUCCACCUUGCAAACCAAGGAAAUAAGAUGAGUUACAGUCAUAGUGCAGCCAGUAAGAACUAUAAUGGAUUAUGGAGAGAAAGAGACUGCAUUGAUUACAAAGCAAAACACAGUCUGUGGGGUUUGUUUCAGUUAAUCUGGCUGAAGCUAAAUAAGGGUAGUAAUUUAGCUUUAUGGCUACAUUCAGAUCCCUAUUUAAGCCAGGGAAAUCUCUCAAUGGUAGUAUUUAACACCUUUCAAAAGAAUACAUUGAGGCCUCUUCAGUUUGUUCCUCAGCAAAGGGAAAUAAACCCUUGAUUAUUUAACCUCUUUCACUCUAUAUACAGUAUCUCUGAGGAAUGCAAUCAAAUAUUUUUGGAAUCUAGGCCUUCAGGAAAACAUUUUUAUUGAGGGAACAUUUUAUUAAUACCUUCCUUGGUGGUUCUUUUUAAACAAACAGGAACCUAUUUUGAUUACUAAGGACAGUCUGAUACAUAUUGUUUUGUUUUGUUUUUUUAGUCUUCAGCACAAGAUACAUUGCUUAACAAGUUGUACACUGAGUGAAUAAAUAAAAUCCUGUGUGAAAGAAACAAUAAAAA